CUCCCGUCAUAAGGUGUGUGUUGUGGUGGUGGGGAGAUAGUGAGUAAUAUUAACUAAUUUAGGAAUGAUGAAAAGCUUCCGUAACGUCAUUUAAUAAUACUGUGGUGAAGAGGUAGAAGGUGUAUGGAUGACCUAGAAUCACCUAGUAGUUUAAAGAUGGUCCUAAGUGCGUGACCACAUGACGAUGUACCACAUGGCAAUGCCUCCCCACAUGGGGGGUCCCCAUCCCCCCACUGUUCACUCCCCCCUGUUUUCUUCACCCAUCCUCCCCCCUCCAAUGGCCCAUAAUUAUACUAUGCAUGCUUUCCCCCAAACUCACAUACCCCACCCUCCCCACUCAACUCACCAACCUCACUCCACUCACCAGUCCCACUCAACUUCUGCAGCAGCUGCUGCCGCCGCCGCUGCAAAUGUGUCUUUGCCGAUAGGUUCUGGAAAUUCUGCCAUGCUGACCCACCCAUCACCUAUGUUGUCACAGCCGUCACCAGUGUAUCCUCCACAAACCUCCAUUUAUGUCAACCCUUACCUUGGCCCUCAGCUGCCACACACUCAUGCCCACUCCCACCCUCCACACCAACACCCAUCCAGUAUAGUCUACGGGAUGCCCUCGGGCAUGCCCGGAGGUCCGCCCCCCGGGAUGUUGCCGCCUCAGCAGUCUGGUGGACAGACUGCCGCUGCAGCAAUGAUCUCGGGUCCAGUGAUGUCCAUGGAUGAAGAGCUGAUGGAGGAGAUGAACACACUACACCUGGGCUAUAUUGAAACAGAAGAUUCCCCUCACAAACUUGAGCAACGAGAAAAGUUGGAACGGGUAAUAAUGGAAUACCUGGCCAUCACCCCUCAUUCCCACAAAUUCAUGUUCCACCAAAUAUCUGAUGUUCUGGAGACCAGCAUAAACACCAUCAAUGAAUUUAGUGCUUAUAGUGCAGCAUGUGCAUUUGAUUCCUUGGCCCAGUAUGCAGCUAACCUCAUCGCACAACCUUGGAGAAAAGAAUUCAGAGAAGUGAAGCUAUACAGUGGCUUUUGGAUACAUCAAGUGGCUCGCCAUUUGGGUGGUGCCGAGUCUGUCCUCUCGUUGAUGGGUUAUGUUCCUCGGUCCAGCCCUCCUGCCGGCUCAUCUGACUGUGGAGACCUGGCUUGUCUGCUGCUGGAAGGGGUGCUUGACCCAGACCUCAUCUCACGGCUCGCUCUUGACUGCUUGAUUGCUUACUGCGAGUGUCAGGUACUAAAGAAAAUCAGUGAAGGAGUCCGUGAGUUUGGCCUGACAUGGCGACAGAUUUUACAGUUUCGACAGUUGCACGUUGGGGGUAUUGAUGUAACAGUUCGUCAUCUGCUGUUCACCCUCAGACAGAAUCUACAGCCACAGAUGCAACAAGAAUCAAGUCGUAGACAGACACCAUCAUCAGCAGGACCUCCGCUGCCUGUCCGUCAGUCAUCCACAGGAGCCACAUCCACUUCUCCUGCCACCAUACCCUCUGCACUCCAGCCAACAUCUACCCUUCAUUCAGUCCAAGAGAAGUCUGUUGGAGAUCAGCGGAAUGCCCUCGACCAGCAACAACAACAACAACAACAGCGCACAAACGGAAUUGGGAUGAGCGGUGGCGCCAGUAACGUGGGAGAGCAGCGAGGAGGCUACCAUCAUCACCAUCAUCACAUGCACCAUCUUCACCAUCACCCCAGUAACCAAACUCCUCAACACUCCACCUCUACAGUGGGUUCACCUCACACUUCUGUGGCAGCAUCUCAGUCUCCUGGCCCACAGCCUGCACCACCACUCUCAUACUCACGUAGUGCUGACACACCCGAUACAGCCAAAAGUGUAAGCAGCUUGGGGGUUGGGAUGUCCGCUGGCCAGGUUCCUACUGCCAAACUAAUAGACUUAGACUCCUCCCAUGAAGCUCUGCCAUCCCUGAGAACUUCGCAGCUAUUACCUAAGGUGUUGCCACAUAAACGAAGUUCUAAGCCUCCCGGAGCCAGCAGUCGUGUUCUACCUCCUUUGGAAAAUUCUGAGUCCUGCCCGCCUCCCCCUCCCCCCCCAGAAGUGUUCCAGGCAGGCACCUUAGAUGAGCAUUUGGAAGCUACUCUUUCUAUUGUGAAAGAUCCCAACCGGAACUCGGCUAAUUUCGGCACACCCAACGAUCAGGGUGCCAGCUCGUGGGAAACGUGGGACUUUGUGUAUCGGGGUUUGGAAAAGAGGGGAUACAAUAAAGACAUUGGUGAUCGUGGGGACAUUCUUCACCAGAUAACACGACAAAACCUUUACUCAGAUGCUCUAAUUCAAGGUAAGAACAACAACUUAAACAACAAGAAAGAUGUGACAAAGAGUAAGCCAUUAUCCAUCAACCAAGCUCUGCAGGCUUUAGCUCUUAAUGAAACCCGAGAAAGAGUAGAGAGACCUUCCAGUUCCAGUAAAAGUUCUCAUUCGAUAUCUCACGGUGCUGGUCUCGAUGUCUUCCCAAACCUUACCAAAAGGAAUAGCCUUUAUGACAAUAUAUCUGCAGGCUUCGAGACAGCUCCCCAGGACAGUGACGACUACGAGGACAGAAAACCCACGUUGAAGAAGACCAGCAAUCUAUUAAGAACCGACAAUAGACUGGACGUCGGUAACAAAAACAACGUGAGCAGUUCGUCGUCUCCGAGGAGCAUGAGUAUGAGCAGUAAGGGCUCGCACUCCAGACAAGAGCUGCCCUCAGAGACCUCGCACUCUACAACCACAGCCCCUACCCUUCAACCAACUAGCGUCACUACCACCACUUCUCAACCUAGAGAAAUACUACCUCCUAAAGACAACUUAUUCCACACACCAUGGUCUUGCACCACCUGUACCUUCCUAAAUGACAAGAAUCGCACUGCCUGUGACAUGUGUGGAAAGUCGCGCAUGCCAGGCCCGGAAGCAAGGCCUCUCAUCUCGGGGGGCCGACAGUGCCCUCAGUGUACACUAAUAAAUGAGAGAGAGGCUCAGGAUUGUUCAGCCUGUGGUGUACAUCUUGAGGGUUCUUCCACAUAUAUAUAAAAAAAUUAUGGGAAAGAAAAUUAACAAUGAUAGCCAAAGCAAUCAUAUAGUUUCCAGAAAUAUCUGGGUUUGCCAAAUGAACAUUUAAGUGUUUACACAGGUUUUUUUAUCUUGGUAAGUUACCCACAUGAGUGUUGUGUUGUAUUACAUUUGCUGUUUAAUACUAAUUAUUUUUGAAAACUUAAAUUGUGUCUCGUGGUUUCUGAAAUAAGAGUUUUUCCGUCGUCGUCGGCAUCAUUAAGUCGUCUUAUCCCAGGUCAGUUGGCAUCUGUUGGACUCUAGCAGUGAAUGCUUUUGAAAAUGCAUCAAGGUAAACCACAAUGGGCUCGAGUCUUUCAUCACAUACUGUGUAUCUCUUCUGUUGAGUUAUUUUUAUCGUUAGAAUAGUACAUGCAAUGGCGUGAAGCCAGAUGCAACACCACUUCCAUUCUUUUACUAAAUAUUUCAGAAUCUUGAUUAUUUAGGACUCCGGCUUCUACCUUAACUCUACUAGUUGUUUCCUCGUGUGUGAAACUGUGAGGCCGCUUAAAUCUUAAUAGUUUGUCCUUGAUAAUGAAGAGUACAAAACUGCGAGAGAAUGGAAGCAAAUGUUAAUUCAUAAAAGUAAAGUGGUGACUACAUUAACUCCUCUGAGAACGCGAGUCGUCACAUUCAACUCGCAUUUUCUGUGAUGCGAGUUGAGCCGAGUCUAACGCGUAAGAGCUCAAUUCUCAGUUAUUAUGUAAGUGGCAGCACGGGUAUAAAACGAGUGCAAAUCCUUGUGUUACCUUAUUGUAAAUUCAUCAUCUAGAUUGACAACCACAUAUAUUUUGGUUCAUAAAGAAACUGCUGAUUAUAACUAGAUAUAUGUCUAAUUCUCAGUUCAAUAAGUGCCACUCUCCAAAAAGCCAAUUUGCUUGUAUGAAUAUCUAUUUUUAAUAUACAAGAUAUCACAUCAAAAUAUUGACUAUAUUUUCACAAAAUUGUUAGUAAUUUGUAGUAAAUAGCAACCAAUACGAAGAUGGCACGGCUUAGAGCCUCUGUUUAAAGAUAGUGUCUUCAGCAAUACCAUUAGUAAGUAAAGUGACAAUCUCUCUUCACUAAUGUAAAGUAUAAACUGUCUUUGUAUUUUAUGGAGAACCUCGGUCUAGAAUCUGGCUUCUUUUAUUAUUUCUCAUUUCUUAAAAAAAAAAAAUUGUCAUUCAAGGAAUUUUGUAUUGAGAAGGACAACAGUAGCCAUCACACAGUCCUUAAAGUGCAUUAACAAUGUUUAUGAAGUUUUAUAUAUGCAAUUGACCUCUGUUCAUUCACUUUUUAGAGCCAAGAAUUUGUAUAGGCUAGGUAGCAACAUUAACGCGUAGUUGGUAUACCUUCUGACCGUCCUGCUACGUUACGCCCUCGAGUGUAGAAUGUUUGGAGUGUCUCUGACCCUCUUGAUAUAUAUACCUAACUGAUUUCUUAUUGAGGUUUUGUUUUAUGUAAAAUAACUUUGUUCCUUUAAAUAUACAAUGUACAGUACUGUGCUAUUAGUACUGGAGGAAUUAGAAUGUUUAGUUGGUAACUUUUUGUUAAGCCAAAAAGGACAUAAAUUGUUUCUUUAUGAACACUCUCCAUUUCUUUCUUUCUCUCUCACAUUGAGACAGUCUAAUUGUAAAAACUUUGGUCUAACUGCAUUAUGUUACACUCUAACAUAAUGCAGUAAUGUUUGGAGCUGUGUUUAGGCUGUAGGCUGUGUAUUUUUUUGGAGUACUUACUGUACAAAAUGUGAAUCUUUUUUUUUUCUUUAAUUUUUCUGUUUUUCUUUCAUUUUAUGUUGGUCUUUCUUCAAUUCAUACCUAACGUAAAGUGAAUCAUUAAUUUUGAACUAGAAACUUAAGAUACGUUUUCUGUUUGGUGUGAUUUACCAAGACACAUUACAGUACUCAAGAUGUGCUUUAUAUAUUUAUUUAUAUAUACAGUGAAACCUCUAUAUAAUGGACUAUAUGGAGAUAAAAGUACGUUAUAUCGAGGGACCAUUAGAUGUGAAACCCCCAUCUAACAAACUAUAUACAGAUGGAAGUCAGUUAUAUCGAUGGUCUGUUGGUUGUAUAACCCCCCAUCUAACAGUUGAUAUGGAAAUAGAAGUGUGUUAUAUAAAGGCUUCACUGUACAGUAUAUAUAUAUUGAGGUUGUUGGGUCCUAAUUUCUUUUAAAAAAAUUCUCUUGAAGAAAAAUCUUUUAGUAUGAGUGGAGUGUUCAUAAUGUUAUUAACUGAUUAAUAGUUGAAGCUGGGGAUUCAACCGGCUACCUUGUUUUUAUUAACUUGUUCUAGCCGUUAUAACGCAGUAUUGUGAGGGCAUGUGGGCUGACUGCUGCGUGGAGUUUGACAUUAACGAUCUCUUACCACAGUCGUGUUCUUGGCUAAUUUCCUGUUUUGUGGGAAAGGUAAAAAAAAAAUCUUUCUAGAGGAAACGUUGAAUUCUCGUUCUAGUCUUUUCUUAGUUGUUUUUUCAUUGCUUAUCAUUAUUAUAUCACCAUAUAUGACAUUAUCCCUCACUUGCACACUAGAAUAUAAAGGUGUUUAGAGACGCACAUUAUUUUUUAGUAUCUUUUAAGGAAUUCAUUUUUAUAUUUUUUUAUGCCGGAGUAAAUUUUAGUAGGUGGGGAGAUGACAAGAGGGGCACAGUACAGUACAGUAUCAAGAGAAACCUGGAAAAACAUCCUUAAAUGUACGUCAAUGAGUUUACCAUUGUAAUUAUAUGUUGACCAUCAAAACACAAUAUGGUUCAGUUAUAUGGAUAAUGAUUAGUAAUUUCAUGGCCAUUAGUACAGUAAAUGUUAUUUCUAUCUGUACAAACAUUUGGGUAUGUGAAUCAUCCCUUGGCAUGAACUGGUCAAGAUUUACAGUCCUGUGGGUGUUAGUCUUUCUGUGGUCUUAAGUUAUUGGGAUUACAAGAAUAUUAAUGUGCUAUGGACCAACGAUAAUAUCCUCUACUGCAUGUUGAGGAUUUUUUUUUUUUUUUCUCAAUCUUAUGUACAGUAUUUCUCUAGUGUAUAGCAUUGUAUAUGGUCAAGAUUAUAAAUUUGUAGUGUACAUAUUGGAAGGGGGUAAAGUCUUAAUUCGGUGAAAAAAAAAGCCUCAUUAUUAUCAGGAACAGCAGUAAAGUACAGAAUUGCACUUUGCUCUACUUCUUAGGCUGCAGCUUUGUUGAGAUUUUUUCACCAAUAUAUAUAUAUAUAUUAUAUAUAUAUAUAUAUAUAUAUAUAUAUAUAUAUAUAUAUAUAUAUAUAUAUAUAUAUAUAUAUAUAUAUAUAUAUAUAUAUAUAUAUAUAUAUAUAUAUAUAUAUAUAUAUAUAUAUUAGAAUUCCUAACUUAUGACAAAUUGGUUCAAUGGAGUUGUUUGUUGAAUCCAGUUUACAUUGAAAUUCUCAACAUGUGAACUUACAGAUUGUUUCGUCACAAAUGCCUUUUUCUUAUAUCGAUAGUAUUACAUGAAGAGCCUUUCCCAUUUUUGUGUACCAAGUGCUUAUAUCUUUAAACGUAACAAGUUCACCGAGUAAGAUGAAAAUAUUUGCUUGAAAAUCUUGCAGGUGAAUAGAUUUACACUGGACAGUGACAAAGAGUUAAGUGGUGAUAUAUAAGUUGAGUGGGUGUACAGUAUUGUGUUCACUUUAGGAGGUGAAGUAGGUGGUGUAUUCUGUCAUAGAUUGAUUUAAAGUUAUGAUGUGGUGGCAGAAAUCUGAUUUUCCUUUCACUUAUUUAGAGAUGGAGUUUGAGUAGAUGAAACAGGCAGAUUUGGCAUUACUGUAAUUUUAUCAAAGCAAUAUUGUGAAGAACUGCAUUUAUUUACCAAAACUCUCAGAAAUUCUCUAAAUUGACAGCAUCCUUAGCAAUGUGUGUCAAAAGAAUAGUGGGUGUUGGUUUGGCUAGUGUGGGACUGAGGGACUGUAAGUUGUUCAGUGAUCAUUUGCGAUAUUCAGUAAAGAAAAGGAAAAUUAAGAGUUAUGGUUAUGUUUACACAGACGCACAACACUUACCCCCCAACACUGUAAUUGGACACACACACACACACACACACACACACACACACUAUUAUAGAACUUGCAUCCCAGACAUGAAGAAUAUUUUUUGGGUACACAUUGUUUACAGUUCUUUAUAUAAUAUUGAGAGAAUUGAACAGUUUUAUGUUGAUAGUAAUUGCUAUUAUAAAUUUUUCUUCUAACUUGUAUACGCAAACAAAUGCAAGACUGUACAACUAACAGAUAUGUCACUCUGUUACCUAGUAUGUGUUAUAUAUUUGUCGUGUUGUAUUUAAUUUCUCCGUAGAACAAAUUUCCAUUGUUGCAAUUUAAUAAGCUUCUGUUACCCGCAAAUGUAUACAAUGAAACUGCUUUUUUUAUUAGUAUUAUUUUAAAAUUUGGUCAACUGAUAGGAAUUUGCCUUUGGAUUUGAAUUGUGGAACCGAAAUGCUGUAACAUAGGAGCCAUGUUUGGUUAUGGCUAUAUUACUGGGCUGUAUUCAUAUCUGUAGCCAGUACAGUAAUUGCCUUGGUUCCUGCAUGUUUCUACCUGUUUAUGGGCUAUGGUGUUAAGUGUUAGGAAACUGCCUCUUAAAUAUUGUCACCAUUUACUGUUCAACUCUACAAGUUAACUGUUCCCACCUGCAAUUAGAGGCAUUGUUAUUACCUUUCUGGAGAUCAGUACGUGUUAAUACCCACAAGUGGUGAUGGCGUUUAGAAAGCAGUUUCAUAAAUUUAAUCACCGACCCCAAGACUACCACAUACCGUACUCUUUGAUUACAACUUGAGUGAUAUAUAAUGUAUAUAACUUCAUGCAAGGCCUAAGGCUGUGGGCCAGUAUAACAGACACAGUUUUAGUUUGGAGUUUUAGUGUGUUUUUCUAAUAUUUUGUGAAAAUAUUUAUUUAUUUAGGAAAACUUGUCAUGAAACUUUUGCUUUUUAAUUCAUUUUUCCCUAGGGUAUUAUAACAUUAGUUGUAUGUAAAUAAUUGGUAAUGAGUCAUCACGAUUGUUAUGUUACGUUACAUUACAAGGAAAGUUCAGUUUAUUUCCAGCCGAGUGGUGUUUGUUACGCAGCCAGUUCAGGUAACCAACACAUUGUAUUAUAGUCUGAUUCAGUAUGUAUUAAUGAUUGUUAUAUAUACACACACACAACUAUAUAUAUAUUAUAUAUAAAUUAUAGUAAUACUGUAUCAUUACCAAGUGCCCAUAAUAAAGAGAAUAUCAUGA